AAUGUGCAAACCCGUGCUUCAUACGUUUAUGCAAUUGCUGCACAUUCAUGUUUGACUGAAGCAAUGCUUGUAGCCAAACAAAUUUCAAUCCCAAAACACACAAUUCAACUCAAGAACAACAUCAAUCAACACAGUCUCAAAGACACAAUCCUAACUCAAAUAAAACAAUGCUCAAAUCUAAAAACACUAGAAUCAAUCUACGCCACAAUGUUCAAAACCAACUUCAACCAAGAUUGCUUUCUCAUGAACCAAUUCAUAACCGCGUCAUCUUCAAUCUCUUCUCACACAAACCUCGCAACUUCCACUUUCAAACAAAUCAAAAAACCAAACACUUUAGUUUACAACGCACUCAUCAAAGCCUCUGUUCAUUGCCACUCAUCAAACCAAGCAUUACUGCAUUACAUAAACAUGCUCCAAAACGGCGUCGUUCCGUCAAGCUAUUCAUUCUCCUCUUUGAUUAAAGCCUGCACUUUGUUAACAGAUUCUGUAAACGGUAAAACACUCCACGGACACGUGUGGAAAAACGGUUUCCAUUCACAUGUGUUUGUUCAAACUACUCUGGUUGAAUAUUAUUCGAGUUUAGGUCAUGUGCGUGAUUCGAGAAAGGUGUUUGAUGAAAUGUCUGAGAGAGAUGAUUAUGCUUGGACAACGAUGAUUUCAGCGUACGUGCGUAAUAAUGACGUUGAAUCUGCAGAGAAGCUAUUUGAUGAAAUGCCUGAGAGAAAGAACACUGCCACAUGGAAUGCGGUGAUUGAUGGGUAUGCAAAAUUGGGGAAUGUUGAGCGUGUGGAGUUUUUGUUUGAUAGAAUCCCUUUGAAGGAUAUAAUUUCGUGGACAACUUUGAUGAGUUGUUAUUUGAAGAACAAAAGAUAUUAUGAAGUUGUGAAGCUUUUUAAUAAAAUGGUGAAUGAGGGAAUGGUGGUUCCCGAUGAAGUUACUAUAACAACUGUGAUAUCAGCUUGUGCUCAUUUGGGUGCACUUGGGUUAGGAAAAGAGGUGCAUUUUUAUUUGAUGGUGAAUGGGUUUUGUAUUGAUGUUUAUAUGGGAUCUUCGUUGAUUGAUAUGUAUGCAAAAUGUGGAAGUGUAGAAAGGUCGCUUUUGGUGUUUUAUAAAUUACAAGACAAGAAUCUUUUUUGCUGGAAUUCUAUGAUUGAUGGACUGGCUGCGCAUGGCUAUGCGAAAGAGGCGUUAAGGAUGUUUGAGGAAAUGGAGAAGAAAGGAAUAAGGCCAAAUGGGGUUACAUUUGUUAGUGUUUUAACUGCUUGUACUCAUGCAGGGUUUAUACAAGAGGGCCGUCGUUUGUUUGUGAGUAUGAUUGAGGAUUAUUGUAUUAAUCCUCAAGUUGAACAUUAUGGCUGCAUGAUUGAUUUAUUGAGCAAAGGUGGUUUUCUUGAGGAUGCUUUGGAGAUGAUUAGAGGAAUGAGGUCCAAACCGAAUGGUUUCAUUUGGGGGGCCUUGUUGAAUGGGUGUAAGGUUCAUAGAAACUUGGAAAUUGCUCGUGUUGCAGUUCGGAAUCUGAGGGUUAUGGAGCCGAGUAACAGUGGGCAUUAUAGUCUUCUUGUUAAUAUGUAUGCUGAAGUCAAUAGGUGGUGUGACGUGGCGAAGAUCAGGACUGAGAUGAAGGAUUUGGGUGUGGAGAAGAUAUGUCCUGGGUCUAGCUGGAUUGAAAUCAACAAGGAACUUCAUGUUUUUGCUGCUUCUGAUAAAUAUCACCCAUCUUAUGGUCUGGUUCACUUGUUUCUAGUUGAACUGGAUGAGCAGAUGAGACUAUCUGGCUAUGUCCCUGAAAUGGGAUCUAUUAUUUAUUGACUUUGGCUCUUCAAGUAGGAGGGUCCUUAGAAGGAUGAUUGUGCUGUACAUAGCUAAAUUGUUGAAGACAAACCUUAAUAAGUGCUUGCAAGGAAUUUGAGAAGUAAUGUCUCUAGAAAGGUACUUUGACUAUUGAAAGAGACCUGAUCUGAAUCUCAAUAAUGUCAAUAUAUGGAUUGACAUGUACUCUACGGCAUUGUAACAGAAAAUGAAGAGUAAUUGGGAGAUCUGAAGGUGAAGAAAUGCAUGAAGGAUGAUCUUGUAUGGAUGGAGGCAUGAUUAAAGAAAGAGUCCCGCAAAUGAGGAGGGCUCCUUUGAAGAGAGAAAAGUGAGGCAAAGACUUGGGAACUUGGAUAAAGAGAAGAAGCUAGGUAAGACAACUCUCUUAGGAAACAUAUUAUGUAUAUAGAAGUUUCUGUCUAUGGAGCAUGGAGUCCAACACAUACACCAAGACACAACACAACACGGAAACUCCGACACCGAUAAUGUCUAAAACAUAGGACACCGAUACCAUAUAUAAGAUAGUGUUUGAGCUUCAUUUUUUCAUAUAUUGUUAAAAGAGCUAAAACUAUUUUAAUCAAAAUUAAUAUCUUCAAUUCUUUAUGUAUAAAACUGCUUCAAAACAUAUUUAACACUUUUAAAUGUAUGUAAGAUUUGUACAAAAAUGUAUAAAGGUACGUUGAAGUAUUUGUACAAAAAUGUAUAAAGGUACGUUGAAGUAAAGAAAAGAACAAAAUUUUAGUUGAAAUACUUGUUUGACUUCUAUAGUAUGAGUGUCAUACUAUUAUCUUAAAGUCAAGGCAAAAUCUGAAACAAAUUGGAGGCAGAUGAUUAAAACAUGCAUUAGAUGAUUAAAACAUACAUUAGAGGAUAUAAUCUGAAACACAAUGGUAUUAACCCUUUAUUUAAAUACUUGAUUAAAACAUACAUUAGAGAAUUUAAUCUGAAACACAUUGCCAAAAGGUUACUUGGUCAACAAUAGAAGUUUAGUCAUUCAAAAAGCAUGGAAGUAUACCCAUAGACUAGAUAUUCAAAACUACUAGACAAUCACUUCAAGCAAAAACAACAUCAGCGUAUAAAAGCAACUCAACUGAAACAAAAACAGAACCUGUUAUGUAAAUUCCGUAAUACACAAGAAAAAUAUUGUCAAGGAUCAAAAUCCAAAGAAACAAGCUUAAGAAAGACUAAAAUCUACAAUACCCAAAUAUAAAACAAUUACAAUUACAAUUACAAUCAUUCAAAAUAAACCCCACAUGUAACAGAAAUCUUUGGGAAUGCCAAUAAUUCCUUCUUCAUAUCAAGCUUUUCUUGGGUAUUCAAAGAAGGUGAACUGUAUAAUCUCAAGUUCUCCAAAGAUGUAGAAUUCAACAAAAUACUUUUUACAAAUAGCAACUCAUUUUUCUGUCCUCUAUAAUUUGUAAUAGUACAGCUUUUAAACUGUAAAGAAAGACAUUCAGGCAAAAUAUUUCGGAACCAACUAAGAUCAGAUAAUGCUUCAUUUCAAUACGAUGUCCAAAUAUUUGGUGUUAAAGGCAUUUCAAGGAUAAAAACUUGAAGAAUAGGACAAUUCUUCAUGACAGAAGUUAUAAAACACCAAUGAAUACUUCCUCCAAAUACAAUCUCCAAAUGAGUUAACUUGGAAAACACAGGAACUACCCCAUACAUCUGCAACAGUAAUGAAAAAGGCAUUAGAUACACUGAAGAAACUAUAAAAUCAAUUUAAAUAUACAGUAUUUUUACAGUAAAUUAGAAAACAAUGAAGAAAUGAAAUAUAAAUUCAAACCUCUUCUAUCCGAAGA